GCACAUGUUCCUCGUUCCUGGGGGCUCCCUUCACUGGUUCAUUCUCUCAACCCUCACACAAGAUGUCCCCGCGCUAUUGUCCAAGCCGGCGCUGGUGCCGCCUCCAAGGAUGUCAAGAAGGAGUCUGCGACUGCCCGUCUCCUCGGCUCCGGUUGUGCUGGUAUCGCCGAGCUGAUGGUCUUCCAUCCUGUUGACACCACGGCCAAGCGAUUGAUGAGCAACCAGACUCGGAUCUCCUCGGCCACCGAGUUCAACAAGGUCGUCUUCAAGGAGUACGCCAAUGCUACCGCCGGCCGCAAGUUCACCUCCCUUUUCCCCGGUCUGGGCUAUGCCGCUGGUUACAAGGUCCUUCAGCGUAUCUACAAGUAUGGCGGUCAGCCUUUCGCGCGCGACUACCUGGCCCUGCAUCACGGCUCCGACUUCGACAAUGCUUUCGGAAAGGGAACUGGCAAGGCCAUCAUGCACGCUACUGCGGGCAGUGUGAUUGGUAUUGGUGAGAUCGUCCUACUGCCUCUGGACGUCCUAAAGAUUAAGCGUCAGACAAACCCGGAGGCCUUCCGUGGCCGUGGUCUGUUCAAGAUCAUCUCCGAUGAGGGUAUGGGUCUUUACCGCGGUGCCGGCUGGACCGCUGCUCGUAACGCCCCUGGCUCCUUCGCUCUCUUCGGUGGCUCUGCUUUCGCCAAGGAGUACAUUUACAGCCUGAAGGACUACAACUCGGCCACCUGGUCCCAGAACUUCGUCGCCUCCGUCUGCGGUGCUAGCGCUUCUCUGAUCGUCUCCGCCCCCUUGGAUGUCAUCAAGACCCGUAUCCAGAACCGCAACUUCGAGAACCCCGAGUCCGGUUUCCGGAUUGUAUCGAACAUGCUCAAGAACGAGGGAUUCCCCAGCUUCUUCAAGGGUCUGACUCCUAAGCUGCUGAUGACCGGUCCCAAGCUCGUUUUCAGCUUCUGGCUGGCACAGACUUUGAUUCCUGCCUUCGGCCAGGUUGUAUAA